AUGUCUUACAGCGACGACAAGAUCAACCUCGACACAGAGGCAGGCAAGUCCUUUGCCCACAACGUCCACCUCGAACACAUGGACAACCUCAAGAAGACGGACGGAUGGGAUCAACUCCGCGCCGACGCUAUUGAGGGUGAGGAGGCCGAGCAGGCCCUCACCCUCCGCGAGAGCUUCAAGCUCUACCCGACCGCCAUCUUCUGGUCGUUUGCCAUGUCCCUGGUCAUUAUCAUGGAAGGUUACGACACGGCACUCCUCGGUAACAUUCUCGCCCUCGAGACAUACCGCCAGAAAUUUGGCGUCUUCACCGAGGGUGUUGGAUGGCAGCUCACCCCGGCAUGGCAGACGGCAGUGGGACAGGCCCCCACUAUCGGUAACGUCAUUGGCAUCUUUAUCGCAUCCUGGUUCCAGGACAAGUACGGUUACCGCAAGACGAUCAUGAUCAAUCUGGUCCUAAUGUCGGCCUUCAUCUUCGUCGUCUUCUUCUCGCCCUCCAUCGAGGUUCUGUUCGUCGGCGAGCUCCUCUGCGGUAUCCCCUGGGGCGCCUUUUCCUCUUCUGCCGUUUCGUACGCCUCGGAAAUCGCUCCCGUCUCUCUCCGCGGCUACCUCACGACCUACAUCAACCUCUGCUGGGUCAUCGGCCAGUUCAUCUCGGCCGGUGUCCUCGUCGGCGUCCAGACCCGCACGGACAUGUGGUCGUACAAGAUCCCCUGGGCCAUCCAGUGGGUCUGGCCCGUCCCCCUCUUCAUCCUCGCUUGGUUGGCUCCCGAGAGUCCUUGGUUCUUUGUCCGCCAGGGCCGCCUUCCCGAGGCCGAGGCCGCCGUCUCCCGCCUCCAGGGCAAGCACGACAAGGUCACCCCCGCCAACACUGUUGCCAUGAUGGUCCGUACGAACCAGUUUGAGAUCGACACUGAAACCGGCUCAUCUUACAUCGACUGCCUCCGUGGCGUCGACCGCCGCCGCACCGAGAUCGCCUGUAUCGCCUGGGCCGCCCAGAUCCUCUCGGGUUCCUCCUUCGCCAACAUGCCCACCUACUACUUCCAGCAGGCUGGUCUCUCCGAGGCCAACUCGUUCAAGCUUGGCCUCGGCACAAUGGCCCUCGCCUUUGUCGGUACCUGUGCCUCCUGGAUCACCAUGACCAAGUUUGGCCGCCGCACAGUCUACCUCGGCGGUCUCUCGACCCUCUUCGUCCUCCUGAUGGUGAUUGGUGGUCUGGCCAUUCCCGCCGUCGAAAAGCCCGCCGCCCGCUGGGUCCAAGCCGCAUUCGUCAUGAUGUGGGUCUUCGUGUACGACUUCACCGUCGGCCCCAUGGCAUACUGCAUCGUCGGCGAGGUCAGUAGCACGCGCCUGCGCGGCAAGACUGUCGGCCUCGCCCGUAUCGUGUACAACAUCACCAGUGUCGUCGCGGGUAUCCUGUGCACGUACCAGGUCAACCCGACUGCGUGGAACUGGCGCGGCCUCGCCGGUUUCUUCUGGGGCGGCUCGUGCUUCCUCGUCCUCGUCUGGGCAUACUUCCGCCUUCCCGAGUGCAAGGGCCGCACGUACCGCCAACUUGACAUCCUCUUCGAGCGCCGCAUCUCUGCUCGCAAGUUCAAGGAGACGGUCGUCAACGAGACCGACGACGAGUAA